AUGAUCAAAUGGCCAACAGAAUUGAAGCUUAACGAGCUGGUUUGCUCUCCGAACAAAUCAGAGAACAAUCCGCGUUGCCAUGACAAAGAAGAUGAGACCAGAAGUCCAGUGCAGUGCAGAAAAAUAAGCACGUGCUCCGCAAAUCAACAGGGCAGCUGCAGCUGUGGUGAAAACAUAACGGAUGAAAAUUCGAGCGAGAGCAAGCCACACGAUAAGAUCCCUUACACGAGCAGGCAUCAUAAAAAGGAUCCCGGUACGAGCGAUCAACGCGGAAGGACACCACCACACAUGAGCGGGCCGCGUGAGAACGGUGCCCUUACGAGCCAGACGAAUCCGCGGCGCUCCGCAGUCAAUCCAGUUUAUCGAAUCCACGAAGAAGGUCUGCAGUCACGACACAGCAGCAGACUGGGGCCGAACGCGGGUGAACGACGGCCAAACCGCGGCCACAGACAGUCGGAAAAUGCAGUGCCGGGACCCAGUAAUGGUGGCUACCAACCGGAUUUCCAUGACGAUUCGGAGGACACGCGGAACUGGCAAGAACAUUCAAACAGUCGAGAGAAGCGAUCUACCGGUAACAAGGAGCGUGGACAGCGCGGGUCGCCACCGGACUUGUACUCGAGUAUUGAGGCUAACCGAACGGCCCACAGAAGGAUGCCUGCAGGCCAAUUGGACGGCGACAGACCAACUACUAGACGCCGACAACAGGAACAUGUUCCGGAGCGCGACAAUUCAAGGUUGCAGCAUCUCCAAAAUCGACUGCAAUUGUUAAAACGCGUAGAGCACAUCAAACGAACCCUGCUGGCCGACAUUCAGGAACAAAAACAGCAGCCACAGCUUGAAGAACUGCAGUUAUUACGUCGGCAUAGAACUGACAACGAGAAGCAGAAACUGUCAGAGAUGGGACAACGGUCGGGAACCAGGCAACAGCUGGAGCAACAAGAUCCCGAGCAGCAGCCGUUUGACGAUCAAGUGCCGUCGUCGCAGUUUCGCGCACGCAAUGCGACGGCAUACAGAGAUCCGUUACCGGCGCCCAACCGACCGGCGACGGCCGACCAACAACCGCGCCGGAAACUAUACGACAAGCCGACCGCUACCGACACAACGCUGGGGAGUAGCAGAAAUCCCGGAGCAGCGAGACAAGCGGCCUCCAGCAGCCCACAAAAACGGCGGGUAUCGUACCAACCGUCGUCGCACAGCGACAGCAGCAGUAGUGCCGGCGAAUGCAACCGCCGAAUUCCGGCACCGCCAUUCGCGAACGCGACAACAUCACCGCGGAGGAGAGCCGUGAGUGCGGAAUACCCGAUGCCUAGUAACGAUUACCGACAAAUGGAGAACCGCAAAGACAACGGCGUUAGGACGAGGCCGCGGUCCAUGGACAUGGCCCCUGCUACGGUUCCGGCGGACUCGCCCGGUUCCGAUUACGACGCCGUCGCUCGUAACGGCAAUCCGCGUUUGGUGUCGCAAACGUUGAAUUUCACGUGCAACUGCGACGACCUUGACUAG